GAGGCUUCAGGAGGCGGCACUGCCAGCGGACAUCACACAGCCUCGGACUGCGGAGCCCGCAUCGCAGGCGUCAGGCGUUGCAGCAGGCAGCAAGCAUUGUGCGGAUCGACGGCAGACGCCCACCCAGCGCCCAGUGCAGCCAACUCUGAUUCCUAGGAUCCCGCAAUGACUCUGAAUAAUGUCACCAUGCGCCAAGGCACUGUGGGCAUGCAGCCACAGCAGCGCUGGAGUAUCCCUGCUGAUGCCAGGCAUCUGAUGGUCCAGAAGGAUCCUCACCCCUGCAACCUCCAAAACCGCCACUCUCCUGCUCCGGAAGACCACUGCCGACGGAGCUGGUCGUCCGACUCCACAGACUCGGUCAUCUCUUCUGAGUCUGGAAACACCUACUACCGCGUAGUGCUUAUAGGGGAGCAAGGAGUGGGCAAGUCCACCCUGGCCAACAUCUUUGCAGGUGUGCAUGACAGCAUGGACAGCGACUGUGAGGUCUUGGGAGAAGAUACAUAUGAGCGUACCCUGGUCGUUGAUGGAGAGAGUGCAACCAUUAUCCUCCUGGACAUGUGGGAAAAUAAGGGGGAGAACGAAUGGCUCCAUGACCACUGCAUGCAGGUCGGGGAUGCCUACCUGAUCGUCUACUCUAUCACAGACCGUGCGAGCUUCGAGAAGGCAUCUGAGCUGAGGAUUCAGCUCCGCAGGGCCCGGCAGACAGAAGACAUUCCUAUCAUUUUGGUUGGCAACAAAAGCGACUUAGUGCGGUGUCGAGAAGUGUCUGUGUCAGAAGGGAGAGCUUGUGCUGUGGUGUUCGACUGCAAAUUCAUCGAGACCUCUGCGGCCGUGCAGCACAACGUGAAGGAACUGUUUGAGGGCAUUGUGCGGCAGGUGCGCCUGCGCAGGGACAGCAAGGAGAAGAAUGAGAGGAGGCUGGCCUACCAGAAGAGGCGGGAGAGCAUUCCCAGGAAAGCCAGGCGCUUCUGGGGCAAAAUUGUGGCCAAAAACAACAAGAACAUGGCUUUCAAGCUCAAGUCAAAAUCCUGCCAUGACCUGUCUGUGCUCUAGGCACCCAGUGUCAUCCAGAUGUCCCCUUGGUGGACAUCGUUGAAGGCUUUUGGGACCAGUGAUCUAUAUUAGAUUGGAUACAUAAGCAUUGUUAGACGCGGCUUCCCCUAUUGCAGAUGGAAACCAACAGGUUAGCCUCGUGGGCAACCAAGUGCACGGGCAAUGAAUGAGCUCUGUCAAGAGUCAGUAUUUAUUCAUAGGAAAAGCUUGACCUGCUACGUGGACGUCUCAGACUCAUUUAUGGGCACGCUUCGGGUUCACAUGAGUUUCUCUCUCCUUUGGACAGCAGAGUAUUGAUGCUUAUGAAGAAUGCGUAGGACAGGAGUUUUCAUCAUUGAAGUUUUUCCCAGUGUUGUUCUAUGUGACUUCGAGGUCCUUGGAUCAUAUAGAGAUGUAGGAAAAUGGUGGUAGUUUAUUGGAAGGAGAAGGGCUCAUUGCGUACUUAUAUCCCGGGAACGACAUCUUUAGAGCUGGCCUCAUCACAGUUGUGACUGUUUCUGCUCCAGUGAAGAGAACUGUUAGAAUUUGCUGGAAACUGAGGCUUACUAACAGCUUUUGUUUAAAGACCACAGAGAUUUGUAGACUUAGGAGCUAAUAUGUGUACUACUAACAGGUUCAAAAAAUUGUUUACUUAUGUGUCGUAGAAGUGUUUAUUUUGAGGAAACUAUUUUUUUUUUGCCAAAUUCCACUUAGUCAAAUCAUCUUUUAUGUCUUGCUGUUUUUUAAAUCAUUAAGCUAUCAUAAAAUAUUUUUUUAAAAAAAUCUCAACUAUAUUGAUAACCUGCAGUGCAAAAUUUUAAAUAUAGUCCUGUUCCCCCCCCCCAAACAUAAACAUGCCCCAUCCUUUGGGUUGCUUCUUGUAUGCCACAGCUGAAUUAUAUUUAUUAUUUUGCAAAUAACCAUUUUAAUAUUUGAUAAAGCAUAUUUAUGAGCAUAUUUCUUACUGAGAAAAUGUCUGUUUUAUUACCUUUUUAUAUUUUUCAAAAUAUUCAAGUUUUUACCUAUAUGUCUUAUAAUAAAAUAAAUAAAAUCUUUGAAAAGGAAAGCAUUCUGCUAUCCUCCAUGCAGAAGACAAGUGCGAGUCUCUUCCUCUGGCGUUUAGAACAAGCUGUGUUUCCAAGGGACAGACAGUUUCCCCUGCCAUUAGCUAAGUCCUUAGCUAUUUUUUUUUUUUUUUUAAGAAUCCCCAAGUUCUCUCCUUUGGAAUCAUGGUUCAUAGAAAAGAAGAGUUAUUUCUGGCUGAUUGAAUUGGGAAGGAUUUGGAGUCAAAUA